AUCCGAUUAAAGUUCUAGCUUGUGGCCACACGUAUCGUAAAACUUGUUAUAAUAAUAACGGAUUCAAAUGUCUAUUGUCUCUCAUUCUUACAAGAUGGUGUCGUGAAAAUAUUCAGUCCUUACUAGAACGUUUACAGCGCUUUAAUGAAGAAUAUCAAGUUGAAGAACCUGAUAACGAUAUUUGUGAUGAUAAUGACGAAAACGGAUCAGUGGAGUAUACAAUAUCUACGUUGGAGGAGGCAUUAAAAAAAUUCAAAUUACAAUAG